AGUAACACAGGCUCAUUUCUUCCCAAAUUGAGCAUUAACUUCAAUCUCGCUGACUUGUCUCUGCCAUACGCCAAGGAUGAAGUUUUCGUUUCGGGGAAUCAACUUCGCCGUCUCUGGGAUUGUCUAGCCUGCCUACAGGGAAGCGCGAAGUAUCGUGAGGCAAUGGUAAAAAAUGCAGCCACGCCUGGUGUUAAUAGCGUUAGUCAAAUCGAUAAAAUGGCUCGCAUCGUCUUUCCAACAGCAUUUGCUCUCAUUAAUGUAUUUUACUGGAUCAGCUUUACCAAUACGAAUCAGAUGCAUUACCGAUUCAACGGCUGA